AUGUAUGAAGAAAACAAGAAAGACUUGAUUCGUGAUGAAGUAGAUAACGUUUCCGAUACUUCCAGUCACUCUACCAUCUUCCAAGCAGGUUUAACAGACAAAGAAGUAGCCGAGAGCGUUGAUGCAAUUAUUGAGAAUAAUAAAAGUUUGAAUCCUCAUAAAGUAUUAAUUUAUCGAGGUGCAGUACUUGCCAAUGAUGGAGGAAAUGUUCUCGAGGAACACCAACACCACUAUAAUAAUGCUGAAGUAGAUCAACUUGUGUUCGAAUCAAAACACUCAAUCAGAGCUCAAUCAUGGACCAUGUUUUUGGUGGCACUUUCAGCUUGUCUUUCCGCUGUCAACUUUGGCCACGACGAAUCAGCAGUAAGUGGAGCUCAAUUGGAUUAUAUUAAAUUGUUCCAUAUCACCAAUGCAAAUAUUCAAGGCGCUGUCAAUGCGGCACCAUAUUUAGCCGCAGGGACCAUUGGAAUUGGUUUCGCCAUUCUUUUAGAUAAAUACACUGGUCGGAAAUGGAUUAUUUUCAUCUCUUGUAUUUUUGGAGUUGGCGGAUCCUUGUGGCAAGCUUUCAGUCAAUCAAUGGGUUCUCUAUUAGCUUCUCGAUUGUUUCUUGGAGUCGGUAUGGGUUUGAAUUCUUCCGCUGUUCCUUUGUUAAUCGCCGAAGCUGCUCCAGCAAAGUCUCGAGGCGCCUUUUUAAUGUUGUGGUAA